GACCUGUUCAAAACGCAAAGGUCAAAGGACAGCUCACCAGGUCCAGCCCAGCACUACAGCAGCCGCUACAGACACCAGAGGUCCACUGGUGGAGAUUAAGACUCACAGCUCCUUCCAGCCAAUAGCAAGCAGUAGUAGGACCAACAGCACGGUGACCACGCGUGUCCUCCACGGAGAUGGAUCGUAAAGAUGGCCGACCGCAAGCUGAUUCGGCUCUCCCAGUUGCCUUAGCGCCUGGCACGGGAGAAACUGGAGGAGUGUGACUCGGGUCACCUUCGCUGUGCUGGUCAACAAAGCCACACCACAGAGCAACAGCAGUGUGUCUCUGUCAGUAGACCACCAUCAGAAGGUGUUGUUGAUGGGGGAGGCUCAGGACUAUGGCACCUGUAAGGUAGCCAAGAAGAACGGAGACCCCUGCUCUCAGAUUGUCAACCUGUAUGAGUGCCAGUACCGCCCCAAGGCCCAGUAUAAGAAGAUGAGUGCACAGCAGGCCGAGCUGCAGUCGUCUUUCUCAGGGAAGGUCAAGGGGAAGGGCAAAAGCCUGAAGGAACGACUGUCAGACCGGCUUCCACUAUGGAGGCAUGUCCUCACCAGCCUGCGCUGCUGCACUUGUAAGUACACAUACUUCAAGCCUGCUGAUCGCUGUGUGGAGGAGAAGCAUGAGCUGCAGUGGCUCGACGCCACCAAAUGCUUCUUCAAGGGCCCCUGUGGACAGAGAGCCAUCACACUGGACCGCCUGCCACACAAACACUGCAGUAACUGUGUCCUGUUCAAAUGGGAAAGAGACGGCAUGUUGAAGGAGAAGUCGGGGCCUAAGAUAGCUGGGGAGGUGACGAGCAGCCCAAGUUCCUCAACGGCAUGCUGUAGUCCUUAGUCACUUACAGUCACCUUCAUCAUUGUCUUCAUCAUAGGAAGCGACUGCUGCUGGUGCUAUUGGACUUUCUGGUGUAUAUUUCUCUGCAUGUUGUAGAGUGCUUUUUUAAAUGUCCUUUUAAUGUUUGUUUUUUUACUGUGGAUAUAAUUUGAAGCUGAUUAUGGAUUUUAAAUUGCUGUGUUUUGAAUGGAUUCAAUUGUAUUUCCGAAUGAGUUGUUUGUUGUUCCCUCCUGCUGGCUUUGAUGGGAAUGUGCUGAUUAAAUCGUGCUGAGUAAUUUUA